AUGCUGCCUGAUCAAGCAAAGAUGAUGUUUGUUGUCACUAUAUUUCUUCUAUUGCUUCCUUCAACAUCAUCCAUCUUAUAUCAACCACCAAGAUAUCUCAAUCAUCAACAAUAUUCUCAAGAUAAACGUUUAAAUAAUUACAAGAAUGUGUGGAUAACAAGAGAUAUUUCGGCGAAAGCAGCAGCAGAUUAUAUGAAUAAUGAAAAGCAUCAACGUUAUCCUAUGGAAAAAAAGCUACCUACAAUAAAACAUCUUUUGUCGACAAAUAUUGAAAACAAUGAUCUAAGGAAAACAGUUCGACGUAAAACACGGUAA